AUCUUCGACUAAAACUCACCACACAAGAGAGAGAGGAGAGAGAGAGAGAGAGAGAGGAGAGAGAUUCUUGAAGAACAAUCGAAGAUGGUUCAGCGUCUAACGUACAGGAAGCGUCAUAGCUACGCAACCAAAUCCAAUCAACAUCGAGUCGUCAGAACCCCUGGUGGAAAGUUAGUGUAUCAGACCACUAAAAAGAGAGCCAGUGGUCCUAAAUGUCCUGUUACUGGGAAGAGAAUACAAGGAAUUCCUCACUUGAGGCCCACUGAAUACAAAAGAUCUAGACUCUCCCGUAAUAGGAGAACUGUUAACCGUGCCUAUGGCGGUGUGCUUUCUGGAGGUGCUGUUAGAGAGAGGAUCGUUCGUGCUUUUCUGGUCGAAGAGCAAAAGAUAGUAAAGAAGGUACUAAAGAUUCAGAAGGCUAAAGAAAAGGUUGCGGCCAAGAACUAAUGGAUUUUUGUUCUCUAUUGAAAUUUUGACAUUUGCAAACAUUUAUCCGACAGGUUUUUUAUGAGUUGAUGUUUUUUAUUUGAAGUAUGGAUUUGAAAUUGUGACCCAGACCAUGUCAUUUUCUAUGAUUUUCUUUAU